AAGGAGAUACAGGGAGCCACAUUCUACAGGCAGGGGGUGCUACAGCAUUGUGAGUAAAGGCUCAGACCCUUCCCUAUCAAUGCCCCACAUCACUGACUGGGAUGUGGUCUGGAGACAGAAAAAAAGAGAGACGGAACAGGGAGAGAGAAACAGAGGCAAAGACGGAGAAAGAAGUCCUGUAACUCCAAAGUCCAGAAGCUGAAGCUUUUCAGGAAGGACACAGGAUGGAACUUUUGCAGAAGUGGUGGCUCAUCCUCUGUUGCCUCCUGGCCUGGGCUGAUGCAGCCCCCAUGUACGGCGAGAUCCUAUCCCCUAACUACCCUCAGGGGUACCCCAAUGAUGUGAAGGAGUCCUGGGAAAUCAGUGUCCCCCCAGGGUAUGGCAUCCGCCUCUAUUUCACCCACCUAGACAUAGAGCCAUCCCAGGACUGCGAGUAUGACUCUGUGAAGAUCCUGUCCAGUGACCAUGUCGAGGGCCUGCUCUGUGGGCGAAAGCGCAGCAAAGACCCUGGUUCCCCAAUCUUGGAGGAAUUCUAUGUCCCUUAUAACACCCUGACUGUGACUUUCCAGUCAGACUUUUCCAAUGAGGAGCGUUUCACUGGUUUCAGUGCCUAUUAUGUUGCAGUGGAUGUGAAUGAAUGCAUGGAUUUCAUGGAGGAUGCCUGCAGCCAUUAUUGCAAUAACUACAUUGGUGGUUACUUCUGCUCCUGUCCCCCAGAGUACUUCCUGCAUGAGGAUCAGAAGACGUGUGGGGUGAACUGCAGUGGGAAUGUAUUCACUGAGCUGUCAGGGGAAAUCUCCAGCCCCAACUACCCCAACCUGUACCCUGAGAGCUUGAUCUGUGAAUACCGUGUGGUCCUGGAGCCGGGCUACCGUGUGGUGCUGAACAUCAGGAGUGAGGACUUUGAUGUAGAACCAGCUGACUCAGAAGGGAACUGCCCCGACAGCUUAACAUUCACAGAUGGAAAACGACAGUUUGGUCCCUAUUGUGGCAACAAAUUCCCAGGGCCUCCAGAAAUUAAAACCAGGAGCAAUAUUCUUGAUAUUAUCUUCCAAACAGACAAAACGGCACAAAAGAAAGGCUGGAAAAUGCGCUACUUCGGGGACCCAAUACCCUGUCCCCAGAGUGUCACCCCAAACUCUAUUCUUGACCCACUAAAGGACAACUACAUCUUCAAGGACUACGUGAAGGUGACCUGCGUGAAAGGUUAUGAGGUUGUGACGCAACAAGGCAGCCUAGCAGCCUUUCACUCCAGCUGCCAGAGUAAUGGAGAAUGGAGCAACUUGCAACACAAAUGUGUCCCUGUGGACUGUGGUCUGCCUGACACUAUUGACAAUGGCGGAGCCACCUACCUGUCAGGAUUUGAGAAGACUCAGUACGAAGCCAUUAUCCGCUAUGACUGCGAAAAACCAUAUUAUACCCUGCAAACCAGAGGGGAUGGGAUUUAUCGGUGUUCAGCCAGUGGGAAAUGGGUGAGCGAAGAGAUGGGAACAGAGCUUCCAGCAUGUGUCCCAGUCUGUGGAAUCCCCAGUACACCCAUCGAGGAGCAGCAGAGGAUUUUUGGGGGCACCCGUGCUAAGCCAGGCAACUUCCCCUGGCAGAUCUUAUUCCAAAACCCACAGGGAGGUGGGGUACUUAUUUCGGACCGCUGGGUGCUGACUGCAGCUCAUGUGCUGGAUGAUUCAAAUAGCAAGCCCAUAAUGUAUGCUGGGGUGACCAACAUCAACCAACAGAUCAAGAGGGAGGAGCCCAUACAGCUGUUUGAAGAAGAAGUGUUCAUUCACCCUAACUGGGCAAAGGUUGCAAACCCAGAAGCUCGGACAAAUUUUGAUAAUGACAUUGCACUGCUGAGGCUGACGGCACCUGUGAAGAUGGGCCCCAAGAUCUCACCACUCUGCCUCCCUGGUGGUUCCCCUGAAUAUGAGCUGGAGAAAGGCAGACUGGGCUACAUAUCUGGCUGGGGCCGGACAGAGGACCGAAACAAAGUUUACCAUCUCAGGAAGGCACAGAUCCCUGUGGUGGACAUGGCACAAUGCCGUAGUGUGAAGCCAAAGCCACCUGCUGAUUCCACCACUUUCCAAUUCACUGACAACAUGGUCUGUGCUGGAGAUGGCACAAAGGACAGCUGUUCUGGGGACAGUGGCGGAGCGUAUGCCAUCAAUGACCCCCACAAUGAGACACGGUACUAUGUGGGUGGCCUGGUCUCCUGGGGACCACAGUGUGGCACAUAUGGCCUUUACACCAGAGUGGGGCGCUACCGGGACUGGAUCAUGGAGACCAUGAGCCGAUAUGAGGAGGCAGAGGGAUCACACCAAUAGAUCCUUCUCGCCCUAGGGCACUGCCAUCUCACCAGGUAUUGAGGUCACAUGUCCCAGCAGAUUGGCUGCCCUUUGAUCCCAUCUACUCUUUGCACAACAGACCAACUGCAUUGUGGCUGUGCCGGAGUAGGGAGUCAGAAACAAUGGGUUAUCUAUUCCAUUGUAACUACAUCAGGGAGGGGCGUCUCUCUUCCUUCCUCCACUGGAAUUGCCAGGGCAGGAGCAGAGAGCAUGCUGGGUAAAGAGGCCCCCUUUUACCUUUACCCUUCACAUUCUUUGCUCAAAUUCCUUGGUUUUUAGAGAGAUGCUAGCCAGGCUGCGUCCACAUGAUCGCUCUGAGGCUGAAACCCAUCAGUGGGGACAAUAGAGGGUAAUUGCUGGUCCACAAGAACUAGGUUCAGAGCCUGGCCAACCAAAAGAUGAAGGGCUGCUCCUUCUCCUCACUAGGACAAUAGAGGCUCAUUGACUUCCGACUCACGUAUUCUCUGUAUCACUCACAAUAUCUAACUGCAUUAAAGGAUCAUCAAAUCACC